AUGCGGCUGACCAGGAGAUUGUUGGCCGUUGUUGCCUUCUUGGCCCUUAUUGUCGUCUUGAUCCGAUAUCGCCGGAACGUCGAGCACACAAUCGAGGAGGCCAUCCAGGAAGUAUCGGCCGAGUGGAAGGCCGCAGAGGAAGAGGCAAACGCGAAGAACCGCGAGCUGCCCCAAGUUAUCUUGCCCUUCGAGAAGUCCGACGAGGAGAAGAAGGCCGCCAUCGCACAGGCCGUCGAAGAGAAGGCACAUGGCGUCGACAAACCCUCCCCGGACUCGAAACCAGAUACGAAUCAAGGCGACAAGAAGCCAGCGGCAGCAUCACCGCCCGUUGAAGAGAGCAAGGGCGAAAACGAUAUACAGAAGCAGGCCGUCGGAGAUACAAAAGAAAUCGAGGCAUUCUGGGAGAAAUGGAGCAGGGCUAUAUAUGAAUCACGUCCGAAGGUGCCAAAGAUAGCCCUGGGCGGCCAUGCGCAAGCACACAAGCCCAAGCAGGGGCAAGAGACACGGGAACCAUACAGAGAUCAUCUUCGCAACCCCGAAGAGGACAUCGACGUUUUGCGUCUGCUGCACAGGAAAUUCGUCAGCGGGCUGGAGAAGGAGUUUGGGAAUCACACAGCCGACGGCGAGCAACAACAAGGGAGUCAGUGGAAGGGCCUAGGCAUUUUCAAGGGGAAAGGAGUCGUCAUGGUCGGCGGAGGAGAGUACUUUGGCCCGGCCAUCAUCAGCAUCCAGAUGCUGCGUCGCACCGGCAGCAACCUCCCAGUCGAGGUCUUCGUGCCUGACAAGAGCGAGUACGAGGAGAUAGUCUGCAAGAACUACCUCAAGAAAUUAGGUGCCAAGUGCGUGGUGCUCUCGGACAUACUCGACAAGAGCAAGAUCAAGGUCAGCCAGAAGGACGACGCAGACUUGAAGAUCACGCACUACCAGCUUAAGUCUCUGGCUUUGCUGCUCUCCUCCUACUCCGACGUGCUACUUCUCGACAGCGACAGCAUCCCAGUCCUCGACCCUCUUCUCAACAUUUUCGAAACCGAGCCGUACAAAUCAAAGGGCCUGAUCAUAUGGCCCGACUUCUGGCGCUCGACCGAGAGCCCCAAGUACUGGAAUAUAGCUGGCAAAGAAUUCCCCUCGUACCUGCCGGCUACGGCGAGCGAGGCGGGCCAGCUUGCUGUCAACAAGGCGACUCACCUAGCGCCUCUUUUGCUGGCCACAUAUUAUAACAUAUUUGGCCCAGAUUACUACUACCCCCUUCUGUCUCAGGGCGCGCUCGGCCAAGGCGACAAGGAGACAUUUCUCGCAGCUGCAGUUGCCCUCAACGCCACAUAUUACAGGACAAAGACAGCAGCCGCGUCCCUCGGCCGGCACGACGGUGCCACGCAGAAGGGGACGGCAAUGGUGCAACAUCUGCCCUCCGACGAUCUCAAACACGAGACCACGGGCCACGAAUCCAUCCGGCCGAUGUUCCUGCAUUCCAAUACGCCUAAAAUGAAUGCAGGUCACCUGGUCGACGAGGGUGACUUGGUGUCAGUUGACGGAGAAACGAGGCUACGACUACUUGGCUCGAAAGAGGAGCUGGUGAAGAGAUUCGGUUUUGAUGUAGAACAGAGCAUCUGGGAUAUCAUGGUCCAGUCGGGUUGCGAGCUUCAGGAUAUCAUGGAGGAGUGGAAGGGCAGGGAGAGGCUGUGUGAGAGGCUCACGGAACAUUAUAAGAAGGUCUUCGGGCCGUAA